GCCUCUCUGCUUUCCAUAAAUGAUCUGGCCGGUCCCUCACUCACAGUUCAUUCGUCUCCUCUCCUUUCUCCAAGCCUGUGCGUAAUAGUAGAGCGGAGGAUGAAUUCUCUACUGAAAUGGGCUCUCAUCCUUUUCGUCCUCAUCUCCAUCAUUCUGAACAUCGUCCUGAUCGGCCUCCACUCCAGCAGGUCGCCCAAAUGUUCCGCUCAGCGUGUUCACCCGCUGCGGGGAAAACACGACGAGCGCAGCCUUGUGUUCGCUGACCUCACUCUGGAAGAGUACUCGCAGGUCCAGCAGUACAUGCUCAAGCACAAGGACCUGGACAUCUCCACCAAACAGCUCAUCAAACCAUCUGAAAACUAUUUACUGUUAAUAGACCGGUCUCUGCCAAAGAAAGCUGACGUUCUGGCUUACCUGGACACGAAAGGUCCCAAACCAGCGAGAGAAGCGACGGUGGUGGUUCUCUACGGUGCCAAAGGUUACAUCAAGGAGUAUGUAGUGGGGCCUCUUCCCAACCCCACAUACCACAGAGAUGUCACCAAAGAGAGGUACAACAUGGAUCUGCCCAUCAGUUCGCAUUUGAUCACCGUCGCGGAAUAUGAUGUGGUGGAUAGGUUUCUUGAGGCUGAGGUUUUCUCCAAACUGAAGGCAAUCAUGAAAGAGAGUUUCGAUGUGGAUCAGGACGAAAUACUGCACGCCUUCGAGCAGAUGCCCCGAGGAUUCCAAGCCGGAGACAGAAAGGGUUGGAUCUCCUUCUUCAGGGAUUUACAUGGCAUGUACACCCACCCGGUGGGCUUCGAGGUGCUGCUGAACCACAAGGGUCUGAACGCGUCCCAGUGGAGAGUGGAAAAACUGAUGUAUAACGGCAAAUACUUCAACACUGUAAAAGAUCUGAAAGAUGCAUAUGACAAGGGGACUGUUAAGAAAAUAGUUUACAAGGAGACACCUGAUUAUGGCUCUCUGAGACCCAGGAACAAGCCUCUGCAGAUCGGCCCGCAGCAGUUUUACGCAGAGGGGAAACGCUACAGCAUCCAGAACAACCACGUCCUCUACCUGGACUGGAGCUUCGCCUUCGGCCUGAGUUCUGUCACAGGCAUGAGGGUGUUUGAUGUGCGCUUCAAGGAGGAGAGGAUCCUCUACGAGCUGAGCGUGCAGGAGGCCAUGUCCAUUUACGGUUCAGUGACACCGGGGAUGAUUUUCUCCAAGUUUCUGGACUCUAGCUUCGGGACAGGGAGCGCCGCGCAUGAACUUGCCCGUGGCGUGGAUUGCCCCUACGAUGCCACAUACGUGGACACGUACCGCUACAAGGAUGCUCCAGUCCCGGCCAGGUUCAGGAAUUCAAUCUGCAUCUUUGAGCACGACAUGGUUCAGCCCCUGAGGAGACACUUCGCGAACGUUAUCCAGCACAGUUAUGGAGGGAUGGCGAACAGCGCGCUGGUGUUCAGGACCGCCACAGAUAUUCUGGGUCAUGACUAUAUUUGGGAUUUCAUCUUCUACCAGAGCGGAUCAGUGGAGGCCAAAGUGCACGCCACAGGCUACAUCGCCUCUUCCUACCUGGUGGAUGGCAGUCUGAAACACGGACACCAGGUAGCAGAGAAUGUCCUGGGAAACAUCCACACUCACUUCAUGAACUUCAAGGUGGACCUGGAUGUGGCUGGUGUGAAGAACAUGUUCCAGACCAAAGACAUGGAGUACGUUAAUGUGUCGUUGCCAUGGAUGCCUGAUCGCUUCGCUAUGGUGCCUCAGCUGGUGGAGAAGCAGGUCAAAACAGAAAAGGAAGCCGCCCUGCGUCACGGCACCAAGACGCCUCGCUACCUCCACAUCGCCAGCAACACUAAGAACCGCUGGGGACACAAUCGCUCCUACAGGCUGCAGGUUUACAGCUUCGCAGGAGAUCACCUCCCAGAGAGUGAGGCUGAGGAGAGGUCCAUGUCCUGGGCCAGGUAUAAGGUUGCCAUCACCAAGCAUAAGGACUUAGAGCAGACCAGCAGCAGUCUGUACAGUCAGAACGGCAUGUGGGCUCCAGCUGUGGACUUCAGCAAGUACAUUGAAGACAACGAAAACAUAGAAAACGAGGACCUGGUUGCCUGGGUGACCGCCGGUUUCCUCCACAUCCCUCACGCCGAGGACAUCCCCAACACGGUAACCGUUGGCAACGGGGGCGGGGUCCUGCUGCGGCCCCACAACUACUUCAAUGAGGACCCCUCCAUCCACUCUGCUGACAGCGUGUUCUUCAGCCCGGGUGCUGAGAACAGCUGCGACAACAACAGGAUGGCCUGCCUUGUUCAGGAGACCUGCAGCCCCGUCCUGGAGCCCUUCACCUUCCACGGCUUCGUCUAGAAGACCGGGUCUGAUUUGUUCUCCACUGCUGGGAAACAGCUUGUGAGGCUGUGGUGAACUCAGAGGUGUGCUUGGGCUUAUUCACCAAUCUAUGAAGAUGCUUGUGUCACUGUGUUAUAGAGGCAGCUUGGGAUGGCACAGGAGUUUAAAUCUGCACUAGGGGGCGAUUAGCUUUACAGUCAGGUCUGUAAAUAUUUGGACAUGGAUACAAUCUUCAUCAUUCUGGCUCUGUGCAUCACCACAAUGGUUUGAAAUGAAACAAUGACGAUUAUGCAGCCUGAAAGUGAUUUGUUUUGAUGUCAUCAAUCAGUUUUUAUUUUGCAUAAAGUCAGAAUGUAUUCAGAUGUUUGCUUUGUCUCUGGUUUUCUUGCUGAUGAAGCACUGUGAUGUACAGUCAGCUGUGUGGAAACGAGCGCACUGAUAAACAUGAACAUUAACUCAAAGGUUUUUGAUUUGGUUAAAGGCCGAGACUACUGAACAUCCCACUGAGGUUUCAUCCUUUUUCUACAGUUUUUCUGCAGUGCAACAUUGUGAGAAAUGUUUUUGUUGCUAUUUUCUCUCCAAAUAAAACAAACACUUUAUGUAA